AUGCCCGACACAUCAUCGAUACGACGACCCAGGCUCACUCCAGCGACAAAAUAUGAAUUGACCGUAUCAGCGGCAACCAGGGGAGGCAAUGGUCCAGACUCGCCGCUGGUCACGUUCACAACAGAAGCGCGGGAGGCUGAAGUUGACAGGGGAUCACAACAAACAGACGCGGGCUACAUAAUGUCAGGGGACAAUGCAGGAAAUCAUCCGAAUGUGGGGGAACGCAGCCCUCUAUCCUCUGAUCGAGGGAAACUGUCAUCACAUUUGCGUGCGGUGGAAAAUCUUCGCUACAUCGAUGAUGAAGAAAACCUACUUUUACUCUGGUCACCACCAGUCAACUCAAAAUCUCUGAGUGGAUCGGACAGUCUGGCAAUGGAAAUCGAUCAUUACCUGAUAAAAUGGGGUAAACUAUAUCCGGGACCCAACAUCGCCAGGGUGGCUGCAGAUCAAUCGCGAUUUUUGAUUGAUAACCUAGCUUUAACACCCUUUUGGUGUCACCCUUUUGCCAAGUCACCCAAAGGAAGCACGAGGGCUGGGAUAUUGUUAGGUUGCCUAAGUCUAGAUAGGGGAAUUCCAGAUGCAGAAGUUGGGUUUGAAUCACAGACCGUCUGGUCAGUAAAUGCACUGAGCCAUCGCGCCUCCCCCUUUUGUCACCCAAAGGAAGCACGAGGGCUGGGAUAUUAUAGGGGAAUUCCAGAUGCAGAAGUUGGGUUUGAAUCACAGACCGUCUGGUCAAUGUGUCAGAUUAGUAAACGUGACCCGAACCUUGCAGAUUCGUGCAUUGAACUGAUCAGUAACGCUAAAAUCAGAACUACUACAACUUCGAAGAUACACAAGACCUUCCACAGCAUCCACUAUCUCUCCCUGGUGUGUAAGUGGCGUGUUCAGUGA